AUGGGAACUCACAUCCAAGAGGAAAUAAUUAUCGAUAUCCUCAGCAGGUUACCUGUUGAGUCUCUUGAACAAAAACUUUCAAAAACGCUUAUUAGCCAAAUAUCGUAUAAGGAUGGUGUACCUAAUACCAGGAUCUCUUUCUCUUCUUUAUCUUUGAAUAUUCAAGUCGUACGAAAACUUGAUUGCCCGUUAUACUAUGAAGCAGAGCUUGGCACAAUAUAUUGUUGUUGUGAUGGCUUGUUUUUAGUCGGGCUUUGGAAUACACCUGAGAGAGAGCCUUCAAUAUUAUUGCUAUGGAAUCCCUCCACAAGAGAAACAAUAGUACUUCCACAUUCACAUUACUCCACCGUGGACAGAGAUAGAUACACUUUUGGAUUGGGUUUUGACUCAAGUAGUAAUGACUAUAAGGUCCUUAAGGUUAAUAACGAGGAUGACACCUUCAAUGAAAUUCUCUCAGUGAAAAGUGGUUCUUGGAGAAAACUUGCUAGUAAAAGCUGUAGAAAUAACGUAUCAUGCUUGUUUAUGCAUUUGGAUUUGGCAUUUGUACAUGGAGCAUUUCAUUGGCUAGGACGUAUUCAGCUCCCAGAGUUUAUUGUGAUCUCGUUUAAUAUUUCAAAUGAAAUGUACAGAGAUGAACCGUUGCCAGAGCCAAUGUGCUUGACGAUAGUGCGAGAGUCAGUUGUAUCAGUGUUGGACGGAAUGCUAUGCGUGUGCAGGAUUCUGACCACGUACGCAGCUAAGGCUGAGUGCGGCGUCUCAGUUCAUCAUCUUUUACAGUUAUUCAGCUCUGGUUACCUGAGGGGUACCAUGUUGCAAUUGAAAAGCCGUGGCGCGAAGGGUUUGGUAGUUAAGUCUGACGACAAGGCCAACCGCCUCUUCUGGCCGAGGGCUUCUCCACCCCAGUUUAUUGACAGUAUUAAUUCGUGGGUGGAAAGAUUGAUACCUUAUGCGGAGGAAUGCCGUCGGAGUGCCCCCAAGAAGAAGAAGGCCGUCGUUACCUCGCCUAGGGCGGAGACCGACUCUGAUGGUGGAGACAUACCCUGCGGCUCGUUCAGUGAUGGCGCUCCAGAGGUUCCUUAG